AUGGAACCAGUUGUAGAUAGUAAUGAGGCUAUGCAUUGCGAGUAUAUUUCUACUAUUCUUCACACAGCGUUGAGUCUCCUUAAAGGUUUAAUAAUCACUCCCCAGAUGAAAAUAACCAGCGAGAUAAAUACUGGUCGUGUUGACUAUGCAAUCAAAAAAAUUCUGGAUGACUUGCUUGAAGAAAUAAUUUGCAUAAACAGAAUCAAGCAACUAUGGGUAUCUGCCAAAACACAAUGUCGAAGUGCUUGUGAUAUGAAUAUAAAUAUAAGCAAGAAAAAAAGAAAGGUAGAUGAGGCGUUCAAUUCUGAUAACGAAUACAUUUAUGGCAUAGUCAGUACUGACACUGACUGGCACUUCAUUCUUUAUAGCACCGAGGGCAUCUAUAGUACUAGCAGGAUCGAGUAUCAAAUUUCACUUAUAGAAGACGCUCUCAAAGACGAUACAGAAUUAUGUAAGAAUGUGAAGAGGGUUUUAGAGGUUAUAGUAAGUUUAUUAAAGGAUAGAGCACUAGGUAGUGAGAAACCUGCAACUAAGAAGUGCUGUGUAGAAGAGAUAAUCAAGAAAAAAUAA